CGGGCUUCGAAAGAUCUCCAAAAAUCUAUUCAUUUACUAACUCGCUAAGACCGUCGAGUUACUGGACAGCUAGAAUCUUAGCUAUUGUCAUCUUUCUUCAACCGGCUGCACUUAUUAUAUCUAUCUUCCUUAGUGUUCUUAAAACUUUUGAGCAACGGAUUGCAUUUCAUAUAUCAUUAUUUAUGUCCUUUUCUAUUACAAUGGCAAGUCUCUCCGCAUUAAUAGCAAACUUAGUCAGGAGUCCAGCCAAAGUAAAUUCAUUUGUUAUUGGAUUUAUCUUUACUAUGGUAUGGCCAUUUCUUAUUGUUGCUGUUUAUCCUACUUUAACUGAAGCGUUUCCUUUCUAUCGUAAAUGGUUUAUUGUCACCACUCCCUUAAGCGUAUUUGCAGCUGGAUUUUACCAGAUUCUUACUAGUAUUUGUUUAAAUAAGAAGCUCUACUGGACGGAAGGGGAUUUUCCGGUUUUACUCUGCAUCUCCUGCCAUAUUAUUUAUGGCAUUUUACUACUUUUAGUUGUGAUUUGCAUGGAGAAUUUUACGGAUAAUAGAAGGACUAGAAUAGUUUGGAAGAGAGUGUGUUCCUGUUCAAAUAUUACUUGUCAAACCAACGAAGAGAUUACCUUAGAUGAGAAGGGCGACCAAAACAUUAUAUGCUUGAGGAAUGUUUCAAUGAUUUAUAAGAAAAUAGGGCAAAGGAGGGUUACUGCUCUUGAAGAUCUUAAUCUAAGACUAACUGAAGGUAAGAUAAUGGUUCUCUUCGGUCAUUUGAACUCCGGAAAGUCAACUUUAAUUCGUAUCAUUUCGGGAAGAGAGAGGCCAACAUCUGGUAAAGUAAUCUUCCAUGGUUACAACUGGCCUUCAGAUAUUUACAAGGCUAUCGCAACUAUACCGGAAAGAUCGGAUCUGUAUGAUUGGUUAACGCCGUACGAAAUACUAAAGUAUUACGCUAGAAUUAGAAAUGUAGACAUAGUCGAUCAGCAUUUAUUAAUAGAAAAUCUCUUGUUAGAAUUAGCCAUUAUGGACGUAGCCCAUUCACCUAUUUAUGAGUUGAGUAAACAUGAUGAAAAGAAAUUAAGAAUAAGCCUAGCUUUAAUAGGUCAUUCUAAAGUUCUAUUACUCGAUGAACCCCUUCUUAGCUUAGAUCUAAAUGGAAGAAGAGCUGUUUGGCAGCUGUUAAAAAAGCACAAAAAGGGCAAAAUUAUUCUAGUUACAACGCAAUUUAUGAAUGAAGCAAAUCUAUUCUGUGAUGAAAAAGGCAUUCUCUAUAGGGGCAAAAUUAAAUAUUGGGGUACAACGGACCGUUUAAAUGACAUAUUCAAAUUAGGAUACUUAAUUAAGUUUAACUUGAUAAAUGAUAGUGAAAUUGACGAAUUACAUCAAGUUGUGGAACAGAAUGCACCAGACGCUAAAUUACAAGCCAGAAGCCAAAAUUAUCUUUGCUAUAGAAUACCAAAAUCAAAAAUUGAUCAAAUUUCUCUUCUCUUUUCAAAAUUAGAAUCAAAUUCUAGUCAUUCUAAUCAAGAUUCUAGUUUAUUGAAUAAGGCGUCUUGGUCAUCCGAUAGGUGUCAGACUAGCAGACUUAACUCCUCUUGGGCUGAACCAAAUAUUGAACAUAUGAGAGAUGAUUUAGAGUUGAAAGACUUUAUAAGAUUUGCUAAGAGAACCAUUAUUGAAGAAGCUAGAAUUCCAUACUCGAAAACUGUAGCAGCUUCAUUUAAAAUUCACAACUGUUCCGUUACUUUAAUAACGUUUGAGAGCUGUAUCUCUCAGAUUCUUGUUGAGGAAGCUAAUCCAUUUGAAUCUAGGACUCGACUUUCCGAAGAGAUGAAAAGGAUAAGUUGGGCCAGGAAAACAUAUCAUUCGACUGAUGAUCCUGGUCUCUUAGACGAUGUUUUAGAUGGUAAAGGAUUGAUAGAUAGUCCACCAACUAUGCACACAGAUGGGGAAAUGUCUGAAGAGUCUGGAACUUCAUACCAAAAGUUUCGACAUCAGGUUCAAAAAAUUUGGUGGAACGGAGAGAGAGUGCCAUUUUUUUACGCUCAAAUUCAACGAUUGAUAUUUCUUUUGUUGGCUAAUAUCCAGUCCGAUUUUUAUCCAUCUCUAUUAUCGAUUGGUCUUUUAGUAAUCCCGGUUUGUUUUAUCUGGUUGGGAUUAAUAAUUGAAACUUGGUAUCCAAUAAACGAACCUAAAUCGGACAGCCUAAAAAUUGAUUCUUUCAUUUACAAUUCAAGACCAUUAUUAAUAAAUUCACCUAAGCGUCUUCCAAACUAUCUCAUGGAUUCGUUAGCGAACGCAUCCGGUAUAAGAUUGACCAAAUUUUUCAGAUAUGAUAUAACAGAUAUAAGAAAUAUAAAACCGCAAGCUUAUGGCCUAGAUUUUAAUGAUUUUUUACUUAGUAAAAAUGGCAGUAUUAGAACAGAAGUAGCUUUAAACUUUAACGACUCAGAAGUUCAUUCUCCCGCUAUUGUUCAUAGAGCUUUGAUGGGAGGGUUAGCUGGAGUUAUAACGAAUGGUCGUUUAAAUUCCUCUAAUAUAAUUGUUAACAGUCACCCAUGGAAAGAAGAAAGAUCUUUCUUCGAAGAUCACGCACAUCUAUCUGCUACAAUUUUAGUUAAUUUCAUGAUUGGUCUACUACCAGCGUUAAGCUUGAAACGUUUGGUUCAGCAAAAUCAAAUUCGAAUAAGAUUGACAUUACUAGGGAUAAACCGCAUAGUUUUCUGGUUAAUGACAUUAAUUACGGAUUUAAGUGAAAUUUUUCUCAUAUUCGCUUUAUUUGGUUUCUUGAUAACGUCUUUUCUUGAUCAGAAUUUCACAAUACAACGCUUUUUAUUGUUGGGAUGUAAAAUUUGUUCAACUUUACCCUUUGCGUAUAUUGUUUCCUUUUGGAUAAAAAAUUUUGGUGAUGCUGUUUUCUAUUGCGUCGCUUUAACUACGUCUCUAAUUCUUCCUACGUUUACAUUAUUACUGUUUCUAUUAUGGGAAAGGGAGGACUUAUCACUUAUAGUUGUUGCUAUCUCUUCUCUUCUAAUCCCUCAAUUUCACAUUUCAGAUCAGCUUGCAAUUUAUUUAUCAUUAAAACUGGAUAAUGUGACCUUUUCCUAUAUUCUUUUCAUAUCUCUUGGACCAACUAUAAUUCACUUAAUUGGUUUUCCAUUUUUUAUUCAUCUACUUGAAUUGAAGAGAGCUUUCGGCAUGGAAUGGAAGAGAUCGUUAUUUAUUACUUUGGGCCUGAAAAAGGUAGAAGUUGAUGCUACAAACGAUACACAAUGGGAUACCGAAAUUUUAGAUAAAGAUAUAAAGACGGAAUAUAUGACAGUUGAAAAGUGGCGGAAAUACGAAAACAGAGAAUCAACAGCUGCAGUAGUAUUAAAUAAUGUUAGCAAGUUUGAAAAGGAUUCCUAUGUAGAUAAUAUAUCUCUGUACCUAAAGAAUUCUGACAUUUUUGGUCUAAUAAUGCCUAAAACUUCAAAGAGUACUAUCUUAUUUGAUAUAAUUAGUGGACAAUCGACAAUCGACUUUGGGGAAGUUUUCAUAGACGACAUAUUGCUGUAUAGUGGAAAAACUGAUUUACUUCCAUGUAAUCCGAAUUUAUUAAAGAAAGAACUGCUCGCUGUUUCUCCUGCAAAAGGUGCUUUUAUACCCUGUCUAACAGUCAUUUCAAAUAUCCAAUUAUUUGCAAGACUAACUGGCUAUCCUAAUAAGAAUCUUAGGGAAGUUACCGAUUUCUUUCUUGAGGUUUUCUCUUUAAAGCAGCAAGCUGAUACAAGAGCAUGCUUACUUGAGAGAGACUCGAAAGGAUCGCUAAAUCUCUGUAUAACUCUUCUACAAAGACCAAAGAUUUUGAUACUAGACGAUCCUUUCUUUGGGAUGAGUAAUAAGACUAUUAAAACUAUGAAAAGUAUACUUAAGGUAUUCGUUGAAGUUGGUCGAAUGACAGUCCUUAUGUCGGCUAGAAGCUUGCAGGAAGUCGAAUCAUUUUGUACAAAGAUUGCAUUUAUGAAUAAUGGCCGCUUUUUUAGUAUUGGAACUAUAGAUUCUUUGAGAAAAAAACACAGUAGAGGAAAGCAAUUAAAGUUUAGACUAAAAGAAAAUUUUACACUAGAGCAAUCACUUCAGAUUCAAGCUCUUAUCCUUGAAAUUAUCCCUGAGGCUAUAAUCUCGGAACAAUAUAGUAAUUUCAUAGUUUUCAAUAUUCCAGAGGAUAACGGAGUGAAUUACGGUGUAUUAUUCAAAUUGCUCGAAUUAAGUAAAAGUAUAAUUCAAUACGAAUCAUUCGAAGUUUGUCAAAAUUCUCUUGGUCGAAUGUUUUGCCAAUUUGUCUACCACUCAAAACAAACUGAAGGAGUUGAAAGGAGAAGUGGGAAGAAGAGAAACAUAGUUACUAAUGCAACAAAGAUAAUUCCAGCUAAAGAUAUGCUAUUUAAGAGUAUUUCUGGAAUUGAACCCUUGAAUCGUCGUAGAUUAAGCUCAUUAACAAGUGAACUAUCUUUUAUCGGGAAAAGUAGAAAGAUUUAUCCUAAAACGCUCGACUCAACCGUUUAA